GCUAAAACUAUAUGAACAUAAUUUAACCUUUUUUAAUAAUAGGAGACAGUUAUUUUUGUGAGUUUCUUUUGGUUGCAAAGUAGAGAGACUUUCAGGCUAGGGUUUUUUAUUAAGGAUAGAGUCGGGAAUAGAGUACAGAAGAACUUCAUGGAAAUCCUAGAAUAGGAACUGUGAUAUGGCUGGGCCUUCCAGAGUCCAGAAUCCCCAAAUCUUUAUAUCCAAGUGUUUUAAUUAUUUAUUGCUAUGUAACACAUUACUCCAAAAGUUAAUGGCUUAAAACAUUUAUUUCACAGCUUCUGGGGGUCAGGAAUCUAGACAUGGCUUAGCUGGGUGCCUCUGGCUCAAGGUUUCUCACAAGGCUGCAAUCAAAGUGUUGGUUGGAGCUGCAGGCAUCUGAAGGCUUGACUGAAGAAGGAUCUGCUUCUCAGAUCACUCACAUGGCUGGUUGGCAGGCUUUAGGUCAUUGCUGUCUGUUGGCUGAAGACAAUAGUUCUUUGCCCUAAUGGUCUUCCCAGCUGACAUCAUGGCAGCUGGUGCUCCUGAAUGAGAGGGGUGACAAGAUGGAAGCCACAGUAUCUUUGUAACCUAAUGUUAAAAGUGGCAUCCCAUUAUCUCUGCUGUAUUCUGUUUGCUAGAAGCAAAUCACUAAAUCCAGUCCACACUUGAGAGGAGAGGAUUACACGAAGGCAUGAAUACCAGGAGAUGGGGAUUAUUAAGAUCACUUUAGAAGCUGCCUAUCAUACCAAUUUCCCCUUAUCUUUAGUUUAUCCAGGGCCUAAGAUGAACUCCACUGCUUCUUCUUAUUUCACCUUCUGCCCCUGCUGCUAGCCACUUUGAUUAUAUCCUUAGCACCCUGUUCAAAUUUUUGAAAGAGAGAAGGUUUGCAGUAAUUAUCUGCAGGAUUCGCCAUGACCCCAGCUCUGAGGGAGGCAGCAACAAAGGGUAUCUGCUUUUCAUCUUUACCAAGUACCAUGGAGUCGGACAAGAUGCUAUGCAUGGAAGGUCCAAGAACUGUAGAUGAAAAGCUAAAAGGAGACACUUUCUCUCAGAUGCUGGGAUUUCCAACUCCUGAACCUACUCUUAGCACUAAUUUUGUGAAUUUAAAACAUUUUGGCUCCCCUCAGUCUUCAAAACAUUACCAGACUGUUCUUUUAAUGAGUUCUAAUGCUACAUUAAAUAAAUACAGUGAGAAUUAUAAACAAAAGAAAUUAGGGGAACCCCACUGCAAUAAGCUGAAAAACAUAGUGUGUAAUGGUAGCAACAUUCAGCUCAGUAAAAUCUGUCAUUCUCCUUCUGAAGAGUUCAUCAAAAAGGAACCUCUGUCAGAUACCACAAGUCAGUGCAUGACAGAUGUACAAACUAUUUUGGAUUCAGAUAUAACCAAAGACACUAAUGUAGAUAAAGGACAACUGAAAAACUGUAAGUGGUACCAAAAGAAUGCACUUUUGGGUAAAGAUAGUGACGCUGAGAUUAAAAAGGGUUUAUUGCACUGUGCUCAAAACAAAAUUGGGCCUGACCACUCAAACGUGCCUAUUAGUUCCUCAACUGCUGGAAAAGAGGAGGAAGUGAAUGCUCGUUUACUUCAUUGUGUAAGCAAACAGAAAAUUUUACUUAGCCAGGCUAGAAGAACUCAGAAACAUUUGCAGAUGCUCCUGGCAAAGCAUGUUGUUAAGCACUGUGGUCAGCAAAUGAAAUUUUCUAUGGAACAUCAACUCCCCAAAAUGAAGACUUUUCAUGAACCUACCACAAUUUUGGAUAACAGUUUACCUAAAUGCACUGAAAUUAAACCAGACAUCAACUUAUUGACUGCAGAGAAUAAAUUGUGGAAUGAUACAAAAAAUGGCUUUGCACGGUGUACAGCUGCAGAAAUCCAAAGAUUUGCACUGUCUGCUACAGGGCUGUUGUCUCAUGUUGAAGAGGGUCUGGAUUCUGAUGCAACUGAUAGCAGCUCUGAUGACGAUUUGGAUGAAUAUACCAUUAGAAAAAAUGUGUCAGUUAACUGUAGUACUGAAUGGAAGUGGCUUGUAGACAGAGCAAGAGUUGGCAGCCGUUGGACGUGGCUUCAAGCCCAGAUUUCAGAGCUAGAAUACAAAAUCCAACAACUAACAGAUGUUCACAGGCAGAUUCGUGCCUCCAAGGGGAUAGUGAUCCUAGAAGAAUGUCGACUUCCAAAAGACAUUUUGAAAAAGCAGAUCCAAUUCACAGACCAAGCUGCUUCAUUGAACACUACAGGGAGUCCCCAGAUUCCUCAGGAGUGUCAAGAUCCUUUACCAGAGCAAGAUUUUGAAAUGUCACCAAGUAGCCCUACACUACUUCUUCGCAAUAUAGAAAAACAGAGCGCACAGUUGACUGAGAUCAUCAGCAGUUUGAUUGCCCCUCUCAACUUCUCUCCAACGUCAUCACCCCUCUCCUCUAAAUCCUGUAGCCAUAAAUGUCUGGCUAAUGGCAUUUCCAGGAGUGCUUCAGAGAAUUUAGAUGGGCUCUCUUCCUCCAGUAGCUGGUUACUUAACCAGAAGCACAGUAAGAAAAGGAGAAAAGACAGGACAAGAUUGAAAUCUCCAUCCUUGACUGUCAUGAGUACAGCAGCUCGAACAAGGCCACUUCAGAGUUUCCACAAACGAAAACUCUACAGAUUGAGCCCCACUUUUUAUUGGACUCCGCAGACUUUGCCUUCAAAAGAAACAAGGUUUUUAAAUACUACACAAAUGCCUUGCCUGCAAUCAUCUUCAAUUUGGAGCAGCUGUGAACACAAUUCAAAGUCUCAAAUAUUAACAGAACAUGUAUCAGAGUUAGAUUCUGCUUUCCAUUCCGUUCUAUCAUUGCCAUCAGAUGUGCCUCUUCGUUUUCACUUUGAAACAUUGUUUAAAAAGACUGAAAUAAAAGGAGAUCUUUCUGAAAAUAAAUUUGUAGGAGACUAUAUCAUAUCUCCAUCACCUGUACAUAAUACUUCCCUGAAUCAAUGGAGAAAUGGAUAUUCUCCUAUAUGCAAGCCUCAAAUGAGGUCAGAAUCUUCUGCACAGCUAUUACAGGGAAGAAAGAAAAGACACUUGAGUGAAACAGCAUUAGAAGAAAGAACUAGAUUUGAAGAGUUUGCUAUUCAACGCACAGAACCAGGAUCCCAGAGCAAUUUUACUGCAGUUACUAAUGUCAAUGUUAUAUCAAGAGCCCAGAAUUCAUCAUCACAAAAUACUGCACGACGACGAUUGCGAAGUGAGAGCUCUUAUGAUAUAGAUAACAUUGUGAUUCCCAUGUCAUUAGUGGCCCCAGCUAAAUUAGAGAAACUCCAAUAUAAGGAAAUAGUUACUCCAAGCUGGAGGAUGGUUGUUCUUCAGCCUCUGGAUGCAUAUAAUUUGGGUGAAGAAGAGAUAGAAGACCUCUCUGAUGCAGUCUUCUCCCUAAGACACAAAAAAUAUGAAGAGAAAGAGCAAGCCAGAUGGUCACUAUGGGAGCAAAGCAAGUGGCAUAGAAGAAACAGCAGAGCUUACAGUAAAAAUGCUGAAGGACAGGACUUGCUUUUGAAAGAAUACCCUAAUGACUUCAGUGGGGGGCAACACUGCGCUGCUGAGGGUCCCGCCGAGCCCGCUUCCGAGAGCCAGGAUCCCAGUGCACACGCCUCACCUUCAGUAGGUCAGAGUCAAGAGACCAAGUCUUUGGGGUGGGAACGACGGGCUUUUCCGCUGAAAGACGAAGACAUAGCAGCCUUAUUAUGCCAAGAUGAAAAAAAUGAUCAGAUUGAAAGAUCAAGCCCACCUUUCCAUGGUGAAGUCUUCUGUACCAGUGCACCAGAGAACGGCCACCAUCCACAAAGGCAGGCGGAUGGAAUGGAGGAACACAAAACCCUUGGUCUAGGACUUACUCACGUUAAGAAGAAUCAGUGACAGGGAACAGGUUAAGAAAACUAUGUAACUGAAUGGGAAAACAGGAGAAAAAAUAAGCCCUGUUCCCCCACCCCCUCCACAGUUACAAUUCCAGAGUAACAGCAUGUAGUGCAGGUGCAUGUAUUAAUCUUUUGUGCUGUUUAUCAAACAGGCAAGUUACCUCUCAUUUUCCUUCCUGAACCACAGGAGUAACUAGCUUUUUUCACCUACAGACAAGUGCUAGUCAUUUGUGUUUGAUGCAGAUCACAAGCACCAGAAAAUUAACUGCUGCAAUUUGACGUCAAAUCACAUUACUGGGUAAAUAAUAAUUUUUAAACAACUUAUACCCACACCCACAUAUACCUAUGCAUCAAAUGACAGCUCUUCUUUUUCUAUACACGUGAUUAUUCUUUAAAUUGCCUCAGAAAUAUAUUAAGAAUAUAAAAUACAUGUGUAUAGAGUAUACAUGCAUACAUACACACACAUAUAGUUUUAAAAAACACUGGCAAGUGACCACUCCACUUGAAAAUGCACGUAUGAACUACCCCAUGAAAUAUCAGCUGAACCAUAAAUAAAGAAACACAGAUUUCCAAUGGUGUCGAACACCUAUAAGCCUUGACUAUGGAGAAGGAAUUUUUUUUAAAAAAACACGUUUAACCAAUAGCAGUUAUUUAUGGAAAGUUCUAUACCAGAUAACACAAUACUCCUUUAUUUGAAAUC